GGGAGGAGUUACACUGAUCAUGUGAUUUCCGAAAACAGGAAGGAAGCUCUGAAAGUGAAACUGUUUGUCAGUCUCCAUUUUGAGUCUGAGAGCAGAGCAGGAAACUGAAGCGUGACUGACUUCAGACCAGAACAUGAGUGUUCGUUUAGAGGAAAUGGAGGACAGAGCAGAGUCUCCUGGACCCAGCUGUGUGUCUCUGAAGAGUGACUGGUCCAAAGAGGAACCUUACAACUUCAGAAAUGAACCUGGACCCAGCUGUGUGUCUCUGAAGAGUGACUGGUCCAAAGAGGAACCUUACAACUUCAGAAAUGAACCUGGACCCAGCUGUGUGUCUCUGAAGAGUGACUGGUCCAAAGAGGAACCUUACAACUUCAGAAAUGAACCUGGACCCAGCUGUGUGUCUCUGAAGAGUGACUGGUCCAAAGAGGAACCUUACAACUUCAGAAAUGAACCUGGACCCUCAGACUCACGAUUUCAGUCAAACAGACGGAGAGCAGAGUCUCCUGGACCCAGCUGUGUGUCUCUGAAGAGUAACUGGUCUAAAGAUCAUCCUCCAGACAUCAGUGAUGAACCUGGACCCUCAGACUCACGGGGGAGGAAGAGGAGUUCUGUCUCUGUGGAGGAGCAGCCUCCUGUGUGUCAGGACAUCCUGAAGGAUCCGGUCUCUACCAGCUGUGGUUCUCCAGGACACUCCUCCAGUCCCCGGUGUGGAAAAAGGUCCAGAACAGGACCUGGACCUGAUACAGCCAGUCAGACCAGCCCUGCACAAAAGCCUGGUGGUCUGCAGGAGGUUUUAAAGGAACACAAGACCGGUCUGAGGAGGAGAUGUGAACAUGUGACUGAAGGAAGUGAUGAAACAGGAAGUAGAACCCUCCUCAACAGGAUCUACACUGAGCUCUACAUCACAGAGGGACAGAGUGAAGAGGUGAAUACCCAACAUGAGGUGAGACAGCUGGAGACUGCCUCCAAGAAGAAGAUCCUCCAGGACACUCCCAUCAAGUGCCAGGACAUCUUCAGAGCCUUACCUGGUCAACAGAAACCCAUCAGAGUGGUUCUGACAGUCGGCGUCGCUGGGGUUGGAAAAACCUUCUCAGUGCAGAAGUUUACUCUGGGCUGGGCAGAGGGCUUGGAGAACCAAGACCUCAGUCUGGUGGUUCUGCUUUCAUUCAGGGAGCUGAACCUGAUCAGAGAUGAGCGGUACAGUCUCCUCCAGUUGCUCCAUGAUUUCCAUCCAACAUUACAGAAGGUGCCAGCAGAGACUCUGGCUGACUGUAAACUGGUGUUCAUCUUAGACGGCCUGGAUGAAAGCAGACUGUCUCUGGAUUUCAAAAACACUCAGGUUGUGUCUGACGUCACACAGAGCUCAUCCAUAAACCUGCUGUUAUCAAACCUUAUCCAGGGGAAUCUGCUCCCCUCAGCUCAGGUCUGGAUCACUUCUCGACCCGCAGCAGCCAAUCAGAUCCCUCCUUCACGCGUUGACAGGGUCACAGAAGUCCGAGGCUUCACUGACGCCCAGAAGGAGGAGUACUUCAGGAAGAGGUUCAGUGAUGAAGAUCUGUCCAGCAGAAUCAUCUCACACAUCAAGACCUCCAGGAGCCUCCACAUCAUGUGUCAGAUCCCGGUCUUCUGCUGGAUCACUGCUACAGUUCUGGAGCAUAUGAUGAGCACAGAGCAGAGAGGAGAGCUGCCCAAGACCCUGACUGACAUGUACUCACACUUCCUGCUGGUCCAGACCAAGAGGAAGAGGAAGAAGUAUGCUGAGGGUCCUGAGACCAGUCCUCAGGAGCUGAUUGAGGCUGAUGGGGAAGUUCUCCUGAAGCUGGGCAGGCUGGCGUUUGAACAUCUGGAGGAAGGAAACAUCAUGUUCUACCAAGAAGACCUGGAGCGCUGUGGUCUGGAUGUCACAGAGGCCUCGGUGUACUCAGGACUUUGUACACAGAUCUUCAAAAGAGAGUGUGUGAUCUUCCAGAAAACAGUCUACUGCUUUGUUCAUCUGAGCGUUCAGGAGUUUCUGGCUGCAGUCUACAUGAUCAACUGUUUCACAACCAAGAACACAGCAGCACUGAAGGAACAAGACAGGAACAAAGCAGCACUGAAGGAACAAGACAGGAACACAGCAGCACUGAAGGAACAAAACAGGAACACAGCAGCACUGAAGGAACAAGACAGGAACACAGCAGCACUGAAGGAACAAGACAGGAACACAGCAGCACUGAAGGAACAAAACAGGAACACAGCAGCACUGGAGGCUUUUCUGGGGAAAAAACUCAAACUUUCAACUCUUGAAGACCUCCUGAAGGGAGCUAUGAAGAAAGCUUUGAAAAGUGAAAAUGGUCACCUGGACCUGUUUGUCCGCUUCCUUCAUGGACUCUCUCUGGAGUCAAACCGGAGACUCUUAGGAGGCCUGCUGGGUCACACAGACAACAGUCCAGAGAUGAUCCAAAGAGUCAUCAACAACCUGAAGAAGAUGAGGAUCAGAGUCUCUCCUGACAGAAGCAUCAACAUCUUCCACUGUCUGACGGAGCUAAACGACCUCUCAGUCCAUCAGGAGAUCCAAAAGUUCUUGGAGUCACAGAACAGAUCAAAGAAGAAGAGACUCUCUAUGAUCCAGUGCUCUGCUCUGGCCUACAUGCUGCAGAUGUCAGAGGAGGUUCUGAAUGAGUUAGAUCUAGGGAAGUACAACACAUCAAGGAAGGGACGACUGAGACUGAUUCCAGCUGUGAGGAACUGCAGGAAGGCUGUACUUACACGCUGUGGACCCUCAGAGACUCACUGUGAAGUUGUGGCCUCUGCUCUGAAGUCCAACCCCUCCCACCUGAGACACCUGGACAUGAGUCACAACUACAACCUGAUAGAUUCAGGAGUGAAGCUUCUGUCAGCUGGGCUGAAGAGUCCUCACUGCAGACUGGAGACUCUGAGAUUGAAGAACUGCAGUUUGUCAGAGACCAGCUGUGCUUCUCUGGCCUCUGCUCUGAAGUCCAACCCCUCCCAUCUGAGAGAGCUGGAGCUGAGUGAGAACUACUGGCUGCAGGAUUCAGGAGUGAAACAUCUGUGUGGUUUUCUGGAGAGUCCAGACUGCAGACUGGAGACUCUGAGAUUGAGUCAGUGCAGGUUGUCAAAAAUCAGCUGUGCUUCUCUGACCUCUGCUCUGAAGUCCAACCCCUCCCAUCUGAGAGAGCUGGAACUGAGUGAGAACAAUCUGCAGGAUUCAGAUAUGAAGCCUCUGUCUGAUCUCGUGGAGAGUCCCCGCCACAGACUGCGGUCUCUGAGAUGAAGGUGAUCUCAGUGAGAGAGGAGAUGAUCCAGAGAUGAUGAAGCAGCAGCAGCCUGUGCGGAGAGAGGCUCUGACUGGACCGUGUCACUGGGAGGAAGAGGAAGAGAAGAGCUUCAUCCAGCAAUACCUGCUUUACUCACAGCAGCACUUUCUAGAUUAAAGGUGUUAAAGUUUGUCUUAUACACAGAGUUCUACAUCAUGUGUUAUAAACUGUUUGAGUUGUGUGUCUUCAGAAGCUGCUAGAAGCUUCUCUGCUUUGCUUUAAGGAACAUUGUCUUCUGUCUGUGUUCCAUGAACUGACUGUAGAUAAACAUACGUUACACUACCUAACAUUUUAGGGGGAUUUUAUCGGUACACUUCAAGAUAUGGUGAUGAGGUUAACUGGUCAUGAUACUGACUAACAUUAAUGCUCAUGUGUCCAUAUGAUAACAGAUACUGUGGAAUAUUUGAAUCGUUGUCAUUUGAUGUGCUUUUAAUGUCUGUAUGCUUCUUUGAGGACAUUAAAGUUUUAUAAAUCUAAUUAUGACAGAUACAAACGAA